AUGGCAGUCCUAACAGCUCCUUCCAGCAACCUGCCGUACGUGGUGGCUUUAAACUGCAUGGAGGGCUGCCACGCGCAAGCCGAGGCGCUCGCGGACCUCUGCGUCCUCGAGAAUGUCGGGCUCAGCGAGGGCAUGCUCGACAAGCUCGAGCGUGCUGACGUGGUGCUCGUUCAUUCGCUGCAUUACCUCCCGCGCGCCGCGCAGCGAAAGCUCUCCGCGUCGCAGCUGAUUCUGUGCCUCGGGUCGUCCGCCGACACGCGCCCCGUCGAGUCGUCGCUCGCGGAAGAGCUCGGCCUGCGAUUGGUCCACGUGGACGUGCCGCGCACGGACGAGGUCGCGGACAGUGUGAUGGCGUUAAUGCUCGGACUGCUCCGCCGCACUCACGUUCUCGCGGCGCAGGGCAUGCGGCGGCUGCGCGGGAUGGUGCUGGGGCUCGUCGGCGCAAACGCUGCUGCGCGCGCCGUCGCGCGGAGAGCUGCCGUGUUCGGCAUGCGCGUCGUCUUCUGCGACCCCGAGGGGGAGCUGCAGCGCUCCCCGCGGGCGGCGGCGCUGAUGCGCGCGGUGGGAACAGAGCGGAGCACAGUGGAGGCGGUGCUGGCGGCCAGUGACGUGGUGUCCCUCCACGUGGCGCUCACUGAUUCGACGCUCCACCUCAUCAACGACGACACCGCCAAGCACUUCAAGAAAGGCGCCAUGUUAAUCAACGCCAGCAGUUGUCACCUGGUGAGCGACAGUGCCAUCAAGAGGACGCUCAACAGCGGCCGCCUGGGCAGCUGUGCGCUGGAUGGCGUUGAGGGCAACCAGUGGCUCGAGGCGUGGGUUCGGGAGUUCCCGAACGUCCUCAUCUUGCCUCGGAGUGCCGACUACAGCCAGGAGGUUUGGGAUGCGCUUCAGUCCAAGGCUGUGGCAGUGGUUCGGGCGUUCCUAACCUCAGGAAAGGUGCCGGAGGAGCUGGUAUUGGAUGACUCGUUUGGAGGGGUGGAGGGGGAGGAAGAGGAGGAGGAGGAGGAAUCACAAUGGCAAGCACUACACGCAAUCUUCCCGGCUUCUUCCGGUGCUUCUGGUGGUUCUGGUGCUGGUGGUGCUGCGAAUGGUGGCGAUGGUGGUGGUGGGGUGGGGGGGAAGAAGGCGGGACGGGCGAGUGGGGGAGGGCGAGCGGAGGAGGGAAGGAGGGGUGGGGCCGAUGGGAGCAAGAGUGGAUCUUCUGGAGGGAAGAAGCAAGGGGGCGAGAGGAGGGGAGACACACAGACAGAUGCAUUAACAGCUUCUGUAGAGAAGGUGGGUCUUCCCUAUCGCCUUGCUUUUGACGGCAUGCAGCUACUCCCGGACUGUCCCCUGCAAGACGGCAUGCUGGUGGCGCUACAGCCACUCUCCACCACCUAUGCUCUCCUCUCACGAUUCCCCUCCUUUCUAAAUCCUCCCCCCCCCCACUAUCUCCCCCUGCCAAUCCAGUUGCUCCCGGACUGUCCCCUGCAAGACGGCAUGCUGGUGGCCCUACAGCCGCUCUCCACCACCUCCUCCUCCGCCUCCUCCUCCGCCUCCUCCUCCGCCUCCUCCUCCGCUCUCUCGCUGCCAACAGCCUUCGCAGCGGCCUUCCCCAAGGCGCUCUUUGCGGCCAAGCGCCACCAAGGGGGGGCGUCGUGGCGGUUUGCACCAGUGGAGGGGAUUUCAACUCAGCACCCGAGCGUGCAAUUCGUGAUCGUGUGUGACAAGGUGGGUGGGUGUGUGGUGUGUGGAUGGUCGCAGCUCCCAACAGCCUUCGCAGCGGCGUUCCCCAAGGCGCUCUUUGCAGCCAAGCGCCACCAAGGGGGCGCACCGUGGCGGUUUGCACCCGUGGAGGGCAUCUCCACGCAGCACCCAAGCGUGCAGUUCGUGAUCGUGUGUGACAAGGUGGGUGGGUGUGUGGUGUGUGGAUGGUCGCAGCUCCCAACAGCCUUCGCAGCGGCGUUCCCCAAGGCGCUCUUUGCAGCCAAGCGCCACCAAGGGGGCGCACCGUGGCGGUUUGCACCCGUGGAGGGCAUCUCCACGCAGCACCCAAGCGUGCAGUUCGUGAUCGUGUGUGAUAAGCACCCGAGUGUGCAGUUCGUGAUCGUGUACGACAAGGUGGGUAGGUGGGCGGCGGGUGGGCUGCUGCUGCUGCUGGUGAACGACGACUUGGAUAUAACCUGUCCUCCCGUGUUCGCAGGCGGAAAGUUUCUACAAGCCACGGAGGGUGGGGAGCUGCUGCUGGUGAACGAUGACUUGGAUCUCGCAGAGAGCUGGUUCUUCACCGCCCUGCCGCACCCCUCCAAUGGCCUUGCCCUCUCCCUCACCAACGCCCUGCACUCGCAUGUGGAACUUCAGGUGCUGGUUCAUGUCUUGAGUGGAGGUUGA